AUGAGGCGCGCGCGGAGCGUCACGGGGCCGCUGCGCCGCGCGCACCCCGCCUCGGGGGCCACCUGGAACGUCCAGGUGGUGCGCGGGAAGAUGAGUUCGCAGUGCCUGUGGCAUGCGUGCCGCGCGCUGUCAGCCGGUCUGCUGCUGAUGCUGCUCGGAGCUGCCAUGGCCGUCAUAGGUUACUACGCAGACACGUUAUCGGUGGCAGAAGAAAUACGCGGCAACGCCACAAUAUCAGUAAAAGAUGAAGCCAGAGGGUUCCAUCUUAACAACCUCUCAUAUGCUGGACCUAUCGUCAUGGGAUUCGGAGGCUUCAUAGUCGUCGCGGCGUGCGUGAUGACGUUUGAGGCGCGGGACAGCGCGGCGAAGGUGACGCCGGCGCGGCCGCAAUCGCUGCCGCGGCCGGUUCCGCGGCGCGGUCCGCCCUGCGCCGCGCCCGCGCGGCUCGAUCAGCUCGGCGUCUACCGCCUCCCGCACGUGCUACCUCUCCCGCAUGCGCUGCCGCUAGCGCCGCAUGCGCUACACAGACACCGGCCUCCCCACGCACACAGAACUGGCGAUAAAGCAAAGGGGAGGGCGCGGUUCGGCUCCGCGCCGGACCUCCGCGGAGGCGGAGCUCGCGCAGCGCUUCCUGUGAGCGCGCUGCGCCGCCCGCUGCGACGCUACGCGCUAUCCGUAGACGAACCCCCCCAGUCGGCUGUCAGCGCUAGUGCAGUGGAGUCGGAAUGUGGAUCGCAAUCGUCGCUGGCGUUAGACCUGCACGGCAGCGGCGCAUGCGCGGGGGUCACACUGCGAGUGCGCGACAACACGCGGCGCCGCCCGCUCGCAAGACAACAGCGACUGAGGGACGAUUCCGUACAUCCGACGGCAGGAGAUAGUACAAGCAAUAUAAAUAAAAUUGAAGAGACAAUAUCAAGCGUCAACGACGUUGGAGAAGUUAGAGAUGGAGUAGAGAUGGUGCUGCUGAGCGUGGAGCACGAAGUGCGCGCCCACAGCGCACCGCCGGUGCAGGGCUCGCCGCCGUCGUCGCCGUGCCUGCUGGUCUCGCCCAGCGACCCCACGCCCUCGCCACGCACCGACGACACCACCAUCCUUAUCGAACAACCCGAGUCUGACCCCGAGCUGACCCCUGACGAGCCCCCAGGUGACCCCCGACCCCCCGACGACUGA